CACACUGUACAAUUGUAGAAUUAAUUUGCGCUUGGUCAAGAAUGGAUAUGUGCCGCACCACAAUCUACAUUUAUUUAAUGAUAGCAAUAUCUGCAUCUCCAACAGAAGGUGAUUCUUUGGAGAUUUUUCCAGCACAAAUAUUUGGACCCCGCACAGCAAAAGUUGGUGACAGUUUAAUGUUCAAGUGCAGCUUCUCCAACAACCAGAUCUUAAAUACAGAAACUCAAGUGUAUUUGUGUAAGAAUGGUGUUGGAGAGAGAUUAGAAUUUCUUCGAAAUAAAGAUAACCACACAUUUACUGUGAGGAAUAUUUCAUUACGGGACUCUGGUACCUACAGUUGUGUGUACUCAUUUAAAAAAUAUCCUACGAAGGAUGUCCAGGGAAACUGGAAUAAUUCAAUCCAUGUCCAAGUCACAGAAUAUCCUGAGAAGAAUACUACAGGUUCAGGACAUAACUCAAUCCCUGACCAAGAAAGUGAGCACAUUCUGCCAACACAUUGGGUUGAAAAUGCCAUAGUUUAUCUCGUCAUUCUUGUCCUGGUUGGGGUCAUCUUUACUGAAAUGUAUCGCUACAGAAUGAUCAUACAUGACAAGUUGUGUCAGCUUUACCAAGGACAGAGCAGUGAACCUCCAAAUAUAAGGACGAGUGAAGGUCUGGAGCAAGUAAAUCAGACAGUAAACAACCAUGAAUCCCAAAUAAUUUACAGUGACAUGGGGGAAUAUGCCACAAUACCUGAAGAAAGAGGGCUCAAUAGACCACUUGCUGAUUGUGAUGCUGAGAGUGCCACACUGUAUUAUCUUGCCGACCCUCCUGUAAUAUACAGCUUAGUGCAGCACAAGGAAAAUAAACCAAAGAUGGAAAAAGAGGCCGAACAACCUACACUGACAGCAGUCUAUGCACAAGUGCUGAAGGAAAAGAGAAAAUAAGUUGUCAACAUCUCUUACAAUGUGAUUAAAUCAGUAACAAUAAAUAAAGAUAGUAAGCAGUCAAGUUAUUAAGUAUAAAAUGAGAGCAAAAUUUAUAAUUUAUUUUGUAGUAUUGUGUAAGUAAUUAACUGAGGCAUGUAGAUUAGGCUAAACAGUAAAUAUUGCAAUAUGUGUGUAUCAUUUUAAGGAUUUUAAAGUAUAUACACAAUGAUAUGGAUAAUUACAUGCAUUUACCUCAGUUUGUUGGAAAAUAAUAGUUGGAACUUUUUAUAUUAUUUUAAAACAUAGAAAGGUGCGGUUUCCUUGGGUGGAUGCAAUGCUUUAAAUCGAAUUUUUAUUUACUUGCUAAAUGAGGUUGUGUGCCAUUUUAUUGUUUUUGUGUUUGCAA